CGUCAGCCCUGUUCCUUGGGUUUGCCACACCGACAAAACGUGAACCUUUUUGCCUUACUUCUGCUGUUUUGAGAUUGCAUCAUUGAGUGUUGACCAUCUAACGGUUUAAUGCAGGAGGGGGUUCAAAUUUUAAAAUAACGGGGCACCAACUCAUCCACAAAGACAACACGUAUGAAUAAAAUGUACAAAAUGAUAACUGAUAUCAUUUUACUGAUUUGCUUAGCUUUUUCUGGUGACAUUCUAUGUCCCUAGAGCUAGUUUCUGUAGCGUCCGGGCAAGGGAAACCAAAAUCAGUCAUCCGGGAGGGGCUCAGUGUCGAGGCGCUACUCCUCCGCAUUGAGAGGAGCCAGAUGAGGUGGGUGGGGCAUCUGAUUCGGAUGUCUCCCGGACGCCUCCCUGGUGAGGUGUUCCGGGCAUGUCCCACCGGAAAGAGACCCAGAGGACGACCCAGGACGCGCUGGACAGACUAUGCCUCUCGGCUGGCUUGGGAACGCAUCGGGAUGCCUCCGGAAGAGCUGGAAGAAGUGGCUGGAGAAAGGGAAGUCUGGGUAUCCCUUGCUGAAGCUGCUUCCCCCGCGACCCGACCCGGAAAAGCGAAACAUGUACCCGCCGUUUGCCACGCCCAGGUCCAGUACGCACUUCCCCUUUUGAUGGUCUCAUCAAUGCAGCACAAAUCUCGUUCCGAAAUGACACGCCUGGGGAUUUUCUACAUGGUCGCCGUAUUGCUCGUGUCGCACAGCAUCGCAGUUGUAAGGGUUCCCCUUACGAAGACCAGGAGCCUCCGCCGUAUCAUUACCGACAAUGGGAUGUCUCUGGAGCAAAUUCGGGCUUUGGCGAAGUCCAGCGGAGCUCCGGAUAGCGCUCUCGCCCCCGAAGUCCCCGUCGAGAGGCUGACGAAUUUCAUGGAUGCCCAGUACUUUGGGGUCAUCAGUAUCGGGUCGCCACCUCAGGACUUCACGGUGCUGUUCGACACGGGCUCGUCCAACCUCUGGGUGCCCUCAAUCCACUGCUCAUUCUUCGACGUGGCCUGCUGGCUCCAUCAUCGCUACAACUCAAAGAAGUCGAGUACCUACGUCGAGAACGGUACUGACUUUUCCAUCCGAUACGGCAGAGGCAGCCUGUCUGGGUUCAUCAGUCAAGACACAGUCAAUAUAGCAGGUUUGUCCGUGCCCGGACAACAGUUUGGCGAAGCCGUCAAGCAGCCCGGCGUAACGUUUGCUCUCGCCCGCUUCGAUGGGGUCCUGGGCAUGGCCUACCCGUCCAUAUCAGUCGCCAACGUCACCCCGGUGUUCGACACCGCCAUGGCGGCCAAGCUGCUGCCGCAGAAUGUCUUUUCUUUCUACAUAAGCAGAGACCCUGCAGCAGCAGUGGGAGGAGAGCUGAUGCUGGGUGGGUCCGACCCACAGUACUACACUGGAGACCUGCACUAUGUCAACGUCACGCGCAAGGCCUACUGGCAGAUUAAGAUGAAUGAAGUCGGCGUGGGCAACCAACUGGCCCUUUGCAAAGCCGGCUGCCAGGCUAUCGUCGACACUGGGACGUCCCUGAUUGUCGGCCCUUCGGGGGAAAUCCGGGCACUGCACAAAGCCAUCGGCGCGCUGCCCCUGCUGAUGGGAGAGUAUAUAAUUGACUGUAAGAAGAUCGACUCCCUCCCUCUCAUCUCCUUUAACAUCGGAGGGAAGAUGUUUAAUCUGAGUGGAGAGGAUUACGUCAUGAAGGAGUCUCAAAUGGGCUCGUCCAUCUGCCUCUCGGGCUUCAUGGCCAUGGACAUUCCGCCCCCUGCUGGCCCACUUUGGAUUCUGGGAGACGUUUUCAUCAGGAAGUACUACACAGUUUUUGACAGGAGUGCGGAUCGUGUCGGGUUUGCACUAGCCAAGUAGUCACUCUCGAUUUUUUGAAAAAUUAUUAUAUAGAUAGCACACAACUCCAAAGAUCACACCAUGUCUUAUGUUUUUUUUGUUUUUUUGCUAUUGCAGUGUUUAGAUUUGUGGCUCCCUAAAACUCAAAUUGCUGAGUGAGAACUGAAGACUUCACAUCUUCUGGUUCUUAUGUUGAGGAUAAUGUGAAACUCAAUGAAUGGGAAACAAGCAAAUGUAGAACUCUUUCACUUUCAGGUUCAAAGUAGCAAAUGAACAAAUGCACGUUAGAUAGAAUUUGAAUAUUUCCACUCAUAUAUCUUCAAGCAAUUGUUGAGAGUUGCAAAAAUUAAGUUAAUAUGGUUCACAGAGACCCCGCGGCAAUUUCAUUUCCGUUUAAACAGAAGACUUGCAUUUCAUCAAAGAUCAAGACAAAUAAAAGGUUUUAAAAAGCAA